AUGAAGGUGGAUAAAUCCCCUCUUGGUCACGUCGCUGAUCUCAAUUCGACUUCCGGCGGCACCGAAGUCUCCCUUGGCUACAAGAAGAAGCAACGGAAUGCUCGCUCUCCACCUCCAACGACGCCGGGUAAACUCAAGCAGCUGCGAUCUGCUUUUUCCUUGAAAGCUACAGAAGUGCGAGAGCAAGAGCUUCUUGCUCCAAGCUCCCCGCCGUCAAAGACGAUGGAAUACUACAUGUACCCGCUACUGCUGGCGUGCUACACUCGUCAAGGCAAGACUGCAGAGGCAGCUGUAGUGGGGCUAUCUCACUGUCUUGAUGAAGGUGUAUUCGACAGUCAUGGCUCAGAGCUAUGCCGUCUGGAGGUGGUUAUCGACGCAGUCACAUCCUUAUGCCAGCAAGGAAUCAAGGCUCGCUUUGAGCCCGCACUUCAAUUCUUCCAAAAGGUCAUUCGGAAGUGUACGAAAGGGUUCGAGCCUCCUGUACUUCAUGCAAUCCUGAAGGCUCUCACAUUUAUUGGAGACUUCGAUAGCUCCCUCGCCAAGUCGUUUGAGGACGAACUGGUGUCAAAGAUUAUGUGCGCUUACGAAGCCACGCUGAUCAGCACUAAGCCCGUCGUCGAGGAAACUGCUGAUGCCAAAACGGAGCAACCAUCAGACGCUCUCACUCGAGAGUUAGUUGUGGAUCUCAUUGAUGACAUUAGCACUGGCGCCGAAAUUGCCACCAUCACUGACAAUAUGCUGGGUAUAUUCAAGGCUGAGAAAAAUGCUCUGCAGUUGGUCGUGACGUUCAGUAAGGCUAGCAACCGCAAGUUCGUUGGGCUUGGCGAGACAGCUACUGAAAGCGACCAGUGCUCAAGUGUGAGUUCUCUUCGCGCUCUAAACCAGACGCUCCUGGCAGCAGGCACAAGAGCUCGAGAACAACGCGUAUUCGGACAGGUAGUUCGGAGAUUUGUGCUGUCGACGCUCAACGCCACAGUACUAACGUGGCUGCCGGACGUGUUUCGAGCGCAUUUGACUUUGGUCACGACGCUAUGGAACCACUAUCGACGAUAUCUCAAACUGGAGCUGGCACUGAUGUUCGACCAAAUACUUCUCCGCAUUCUGAAAACCUCAGCACCUUGCGCGAAGAAUCACCAAAUGGAAAUCAUGCACGAAAUGACCAUGUGGCUGCAGCUCCCGCACAACGUUGUGGAGAUUUUCCUCAACUUCGAUCUGGAUCGGAUACAGCAGUGGAAAAUAUUUGAGCACUUGUGCUCGACCUUAGGCUCAAUUGGUGAGGGCCAAGGGAAUCACAUUGGAAACGCUGACGACGGGGAUGACUCGGCCCUAGAGCUGCAAAAUCAGGCAAUCAGCACGAUUCUCGCUAUGGCGCGCAGUAUUAUGGACGCAAGUGGCCACGCCCACCUCAUCAGUCGAGACCAGCGUACGCGUAUGCUUUCGAUGGAUAAUGGUGGCUGGGAACAGGACGAGUCGGCAGAAGAAGCUUCGCCUAUGAAGGACACACCUGCUUCGGCGACAAACGGGGACGUCGGUACUGAUCAAGCGAGCCAACCUAGCUCUCCUACUGAGGCCAAGGCUCACCCCGGGUUGAAGCGCCAAAGUAGUCGUAAGUACGGCGGUAACAUCUCGAUUCGGAUGCGAAAUGAGCUCCAGAAACACAACCAGCAACUGCUGAAGCGCGCAAUGGAAAUUGCGGCGUCUAAAAGCCUGAAGAAGGCGUUGGAGUACCUAGUCGCAAUGAACUUCAUCAAGGACUCGCCGCGAAGCAUAACGUCGUUCCUGCGGAUAUACCACGACUUCUUCGACGAGACUGAGAUCGGAGAUUACUUGGGCGAAGGCGACGAAGACGUUAAAGUGCAGAUUCGGCUGACGUAUGUUCGGGCGAUAUCGUUCAAGGGAAUGACACUUGUGGAGUCUCUGCGGCACUUCCUGACUAACGGAGGCUUUCGUCUGCCAGGCGAAGCUCAAAAGAUCGAGCGGAUGGUGGAGGCUUUCGCGCAGUGCUACUGGGACGACUCCCCCGCAGCUUUCUCUUCUGCUGACACGGCCAUGAUCAUUGCGUAUUCCAUCAUCAUGCUGAACACGGAUCUGCACAAUCCACAGGUCAAGAAGAACAAAAUGUCAAAGGAGCAAUUUGUCAAGAAUAACAGGGGUAUCGACAACGGCAAGGACCUACCGAAGAGGUUUCUUGAGGAGAUAUACGAUGACAUCGCGCACAACCCGAUGCAAAUCAAGGGCAGUCGAAUUGUUCCAAAGGCCUCGCGCGAAGCUAGCGUCACAGCCGCUGAUCUCGAAAAUGAAAAGUUCCGACUCGGUAUCGCGAAGGCUGUGGCUCAGUCGGAGGAGCUGAUGAAAGACCUCUCUCACGCGUACAACACCUUUCAGUUCGUUGGAGUCGACGCGCCGAUCAGCCCCGACCUAAUUAAACUUCUGUUCGAGCGCGUAUGGUUCUCGUUGCUCACUCUCUCGACAUCCAUCCUGUGCGACAGUCAGUCAGAUCUGUCCACGAGAAUGCAGUGCCUCGACCUCUUGCGGUACUGCAUCUCCACGUGCUUGUUCUUGAGCAUGCCGGUGGAGCGUCAGGCUUUUUGUGGUUUACUUCGGAAGCUGCAGGACUCGCUGGACGGAAGACACCAAGAAGAAGGGGACGAACCAGGGAAGGAAGACCCAGUUGACAACAGCCAGACCAUCCCGGACGACAAGAAGUACGAAUGGGCUCGAACCAUCGAAGAAGCUGCGGCGAGUGACGAUCCGUGGAAGGCCAUGGGAGAUAUCCACCUGCUCGUGAACGCCAUGAAGGAGACGAUUCAAGUCCGUCAGAAGUCGGAGAAGCUCGACUCGGUCAUCCAGCGCAUCUACCGAGCCCACUUCUAUCUCAAGAACUCGACGACUUUCAUCCACGAGGGCGACCUGACCAAGAAGUGUCGGUCACGUAACCAGCUUUACCGCUUCUUCCUGUUCAACGAUCAGCUGCUGUACGCUGACAAGAACAUGAGUGGGCGCUGGAGUCCGCACAACUCGCUGCGUCUCAAGCUGACGCGCAUCUCCAACAUCCCUGACGGAGUUAUGUCGAAGCAUGCUUUCCAGAUCCAGAACCCGGUCAAGUCGUUCGUGGUGUUCGCGGACAGCGCGAGCUCCAAGGCCGAGUGGAUGCGACUCAUUGACGACGCCAUUGCAGAGGCGUCCAAGAAGAUCAAUCGCACAGCGCGCCGCAUCUCGACCCAAGGUUUGGGCGACGCUCGACCGUCCUCGCUCGUAUCCGCUGCGUCGACAGCUUCGUCCGCGAUGAAAGUGUUCAUGCGCUUCGGCUCGCCUAUGACGUCGCCGACAACGGAACGGGACAGCAGUCUUGACAGCGAAGGUGAAUCUCCAGUGAAACCUAUCGAGGCAGCAAGUCCGCAACCCGCAGCAACUGAAAGUGAGCUGAAGAAUGGAGGUGAAUCCAGCGCAACCCAGUCCAAGUUCGAAGUCAACUCGAAUGAAGAACGACAGGGUAAUUCCGGGGCCGUCGAGGUUGAGAACAACAGCAAUGCCGCUGAAGUCGACACUGCUGCGGUGUGA